AUGGACUGCUGGCCUAAGCAACCCGACGUUCCUAUGGAAAUAAAGGGAGAUGAUCCCGAGGUAAAGAAAGAAAGGAAAGCCUUCUCAGUAGCGUCUACAGUUGAAGUCGACUUCUUAAACCGAAUGGUGCAGUCCUGUUCCUCCUGGUAUUACCAUUUGCUUUCUGGACAUUCUGGUCAAGAAUAUGUGCUCUCUUUGAUCAGAAAGAGUUACUGGAUUAUCAAAGGAAGAGUCAAUGUGAGAAGAGUUGUAAAUCGUUAUUUAAGCUGUAGACGAAGACAGGCUCCGUCUGGAGCUCAGAAGAUGGCCGAUCUUCCUGCUGACAGGGUCACACCUGAUAAACCCCCUUUCAGUAUUGUAGGCAUUGAUUGUUUUGGCCCGUUUUGGGUAAAGAGGGCCAGAAGUCAAGUCAAGCGCCACGGUGUCUUGUUUACGUGUUUGGCUACCAGAGCCAUUCACUUGGAAGUCGCCCAGAGUAUGGACACGGAUUCGUUUGUAAACCCAUUGCGCUGCUUCAUUGCAAAAGGAGGUAUCCCUGAAGUGAUGAGGUGCGAUAACGGGUCAAAUUUUGUUAGCGGAAACAAGGAACUCCAAGAAGCUAUCUAUGAGUGGAAUGAGAGUCGGAUCCAUGAGUUCUUCUUGCAACGAAAUAUCAAAUGGCUCUUUAAUCCACCAUCAGGAUCCCAUUUUGGCGGCAUAUGGGAGCGAUGUAUUAGAACUGUCAGAAUGAUUCUCCUUGCUAUCAUUAAGGAGCAGCCAUUGGAUGAUGAAGGGUUAACCACCCUGAUGUGUGAAGUGGAGUCUGUUGUUAAUGGGCGUCCCAUAACGAAAUCGUCAGAUGACCCAUCGGACUCUGAAGCUCUUACGCCGAAUGAUUUACUGUUGUUACGGUCAGGUCCGAAUCUCCCUCCUGGCGUGUUCAGGAAAGAGGAUGGCUACUCCCGAACAAGGUGGCGUCAGGUACAAUAUUUGGUCGAUGUGUUUUGGCAGAGAUGGGUUAGAGAGUACUUGCCACAGUUGCAGGAGAGGCAGAAAUGGGCUUAUCCAUCACGGAACUUUGCCGUUAAUGACAUAGUACUUGUGGUUGAUGAUAGAGUACGAAGAUCUUCAUGGCCUCUUGGUCGGAUUAUCGCUGUACGCAAGAACAGCACGGAUGGGUACGUGAGAAGUGUAACUGUGAAGAUCAGAACAUCGCUGUAUGAUCGCCCUGUUGAGAAGAUUGUUCUCCUGGAGUCGGUGGAGAUGUCAGAAGGCAUGAAAUGA